CUCGCAAGAACCAGCUUAGCUAGCUACUCUAGAACACUCGGCAAAAAGGACGCACACGCGGUGCGAAGGCAGAGCAGAUCGCGAUGGCGCAGGAGAGCUUGAGGCUGGUGUCGCACCCGAUCGCGGCGCACGACGGGCGGCUGCCGCGGCAGUACACGAUGGAGGGGCAGGGCGCGAAGAAGGACAUGUCGCCGCCGCUGGAGUGGUACGGCGUCCCCGAGGGGACGCGGUCGCUGGCGCUGGUGGUGCAGGACAUCGACGCGCCCGACCCGGAGGGCCCCAUCGUGCCGUGGACGCACUGGGUCGUGGCCAACAUCCCGCCCACGACAAAGGGCCUCCCCGAGGGGUUCUCCGGCGGCGGCUCCGGCCGCGAGUACGGCGGCUUGCAGGAGGGCAUCAACGACUGGAAGCAGCCCGGGUGGCGCGGGCCCGUCCCGCCCUCCCGCGGCCACCGCAUCCAGUUCAAGCUCUACGCGCUCGACGACGAGGUGCACCUUGGGAACAAGGUGACGAAGGAUAAGCUCGUGGAGGCCAUCGAGGGGCACGUGCUGGGAGAGGCCGAGCUGGUCGCCGUGUUCUAAGGAGUCGUUGCCACGUACUACCAUGGUCUCUGACAUCGUUGUUGGUGUACCCUGUAUACAUCUUCCAACCUUGUAAUUUCGAUCUAAUAAAAGGGAACCUACCUAUGCU